CCGCCCUCUCCGACCAUCAUCGCUUAUCUACCUCAUCCCAAUUGUCCUUGUACAAUUGGAUCAAUUUGAAAAUGCGAGAUCGGCCCUUACGAUAGACACCUCGUUUCUGGAGCUUCCGUCUGCUCAACAACGAGUCCUUCUCCACCAUCCUCAUCCUCUACCUUCCACCAAAUCCUCGCCUCAAAGUCCACAAAAUGGUCAAAUUCUACUCAUCAACGGAUACCUACUCCUACCCCUUCCCCGCCGUUACACUCGCCUACUUCCUCCGCUACCCAAACCCCUACUCCACGCAUGUGCUCUCCACCGACACCAUCGCCCGCCACUAUGACCCAGCAACUCAGCGCCUAACAACCAUCCGCCUACACCUCAAGCGCUCUAAGCUCCCUUCUGCCGUCCUUAAACUGCUACCGCGCUCCUUCCUCGGUGCCUCGGCUGGCGGCGACACACAGUCCUACAUCCUCGAGAAAUCCGUCGUCGACGUCCGCGAAGGCUGGAUGGACACAGAAUCCCAGAAUCUAGAGUUCACGGGCGUGUUGUCAGUUAUCGAGCGCCAGGAAUUCCGGCGGCCGAGGAGCCAGGCCGAGGAGGAGCUGAGGAUGUGGCAGGGUAUGGAAGGCGCUGCGCGUCGACACGGGUUUAUCAAAUUCAGCGGAGACGGGGGUGUAGAUGCUAAGAUCGAGGAUACGGGCGAGACAACGGAAGUCAAGAGCACAGUGACCUUGCACUCGCAUCUCGGUGAGAAGUGGAAGAAACGGAGGGCUGUUGAGGAUGCAGCAGGGGAUACGAGUGACGAGGAUCAGCCGCAGAAAAUGGGGUUUUUUAAGAGUUGGAGCACGAGUUCGCUGCAGCGGAGUAUUGAGUUGAUUGGAUUGAAGCGGGCGAGGAGAAGUCAGCCGAAUGCAAAAGAAGGGAUGAAGAUCGUGCUGGAGAGGAUGCGUGAGGGGGGCUUGGUUGCGGUGCUGGAGGGUAUGAGAAGGGAUCGUGAGGCUAUUGCUGGACAUCACCCGCACGGGUUCAAAACGCACUAUGGGAGUGGUAGGGGUGAGGAUGACGAAUAGUCCUCCCUCAACCCCCCUAUUGUACACGCCUCUCGAAAACUAAAUGUGGGGCACGGAGGCAUACAAACGUCCCGCAUACCCAGACCUAUAUCCAGCUACGAAAAAAACGACGGAGUAUAUUCUUGCCUUUUAACUGGUGGUUUAUCAUUUAGCGACGGCGUUGGUAUGGCGUUGUGGUUCCUCUCCCCCUCUCCUUCCCUCUCCCUCUCCCUUCCCCUACAUCCAUAUUUCGCUUCUUCCCCUCACUCCUUUGGGUGGUUGGGUUUUGUCUUAUUACUUCCUUCACUUCCACGGUUUUCUUCUGUCUCUCACCUAGGUUUGGGCUUGAAUCAAGGAGCUGGCUGGAGGUGUGCUUGGAACGCUCACGUGUGUAAAUAUAUCAUGAAUGAUUGGUUGAAGGGAGCUGUCGACAAUGGGGGCUGUAGUUUGGGUUGAGAAAAUGAAAUAUGAAAUUUUAAAAUCAACGCGAG